AUGCUCCGUCGUGUGCGACUGCUGCACUCUCCGAUUGAUGAGCUCACCAUCACUGGGAGCUGCUGGUCGCGUCUUUUGGCGAGGGCCCUUCCAAAGACUCCGCCUGCACCAUCGCCCAUCAAAUCGACGCCGUUCAUCACACUCAUCCCGACCCUCCACGUGGCAUCCGUGGAGUUUUACGACAAGGUGCUAGAUUACAUGGUGCGGGCAGUGCAGGAGCGGGAGAAUGUCGUCAUUCUGCUGGAGGGCAUAUGCGAUACAGAGGAGAGCGAGGCACAGCAGAUGGGGGAGUACUUCAGCAUCGCACGCAAUGAGGAGCUGAAGGCGGCAAUGCUGCAAAAGGCAGAUCAAAACACCCUCUACGAUGAUGAGACGGUAAAAACCAUCUGCGAGGAACUUGCCGUCAAUUACGAGGUCCUCUUGAAGCAGCAGGCAACAGUGCGGCUGCAGGAGUGUUACCUCAAGCCGAAGAUGGCGGCCCUUGUUGGCUCGUACCUCCGCAACGGCGCGGAUCUCAACAUGAGUGAAGUAAAGGCGAUCCUGGCGGAAGAAGGCAACGGCAGCGGUGGCACCUUUUUUCCCUUCAGCCAUCUUGGAGCAAACCCGGCAGUGCGCCAAAGUCGGGAGCGAAAAGUGGCGAGGGCGGCCCAAUUGCGGUGCGUGGAGUGGAUUCAACGGGGAUGUGAGGGUGAAGUGAUUCUACCGUGGGGUUUUUACCACGCGGAAGGAAUUAAGCACAAUAUUUUUGCCACGAACGCACAUGACGAAACUGUCGUGUUCCUGGAGAGCGAUGAUAAGUUGUGUCGUUUACCGUUUGGCAUCACCAAAGAGCUUUUGGCCUGA